GUACCGUAUUGGCUUGCCCUUGCGACCGUAUCUUCUGCCCAUUCGAAGUUUGUGUUUAAUCUAAAAAGCGAUCCAGAACCCUGCAAACGAAAAUUACCAUGGACCAAGAAACAUCAACUAAUGAAAAAUCUGAAAUUUAUAAUGAAGAAAAAGAAGACCAAAAUACAACAAAUGGAACAAAUGUAUUUGAUUGUAGUUUUUUCCCUAAAGAUCUAUUAUUAGAAGAAAAACGUUUAAAAGAAGAGCAUGAAGAAAAAUUUAAAACUGAAGUCAAUCUGCUAAAGAAUUUUGAUGAAAAUGAAAGAAAAGAAAGAUUUCAAAAUCUGCUUACACUUUUGGAAAACAGUACAAAAUUAACUAUGAUUUUUGAAAACAGAUUAAAAAUGUGCAAACAACAAAUAAUUAAAAAGGAAUUAGAAAAAUCUAAGUUAACCAAGAAAAAUAUUUUGUCUAAAGAAGCGGGACUGACUAAAAAAAGUGAGGGCAUUGAUGAAGAAAAGUGUUAUUAUAAUUUAUUUCAACAACCAAAAUUAUUUGUAGGAAGUCUCAAAAAUCAUCAAAUUGAAGGUCUUUUGUGGAUUAGAACUUUGUUUGAAAAUGGUAUGAAUGGUAUUUUAGCUGAUGAUAUGGGACUAGGAAAAACCAUUCAAACUAUAGCUUUUUACUGUUUUCUUAUUGAAAUGGGAGUAAUGGGACCAUUUUUAAUUAUUGCGCCUCUAUCUACUAUUCCUAAUUGGUUGUCUGAAUUUUCAAAAUUCGCUCCACAGCUUUCUACUAUAUUGUAUCAUGGAACAGCAAGUGACCGCUUCAAAAACCGAUCACAGUUCAAAAAAACCAUUAAAAUAAAUAAUUUAACUUGUUAUCCUGUCAUAAUUACAACAUUUGAAGUGAUACGGGUUGACAUAAACUAUUUGAAAAAUAUUGAUUGGAAAUUUAUAACAAUUGAUGAAGGUCACAAACUAAAAAAUUUUAGUACAGAUAUAUCACAAUGUAUGCGUCAAUUUUCAUGUUCUAACAAAUUGAUACUAACUGGGACACCCAUUCAGAAUGAUAUGACUGAGUUAUGGUCAUUAUUAAAUUUACUAAUGCCAAAAAUAUUUGAUAAAUUAGAAGAUUUUAACUCUUGGUUUGUAAUAGAUGACUUUUUUGAUUCAAAUGACAAAAUUGCUAUUAUGGCAAAAAAAGAUAAAAUUCUGGACAUUAUUCUUCAGAUAUUAAGACCUUUUAUUUUAAGACGAGAAAAAACAGAAACUGAUUUAAAUCUACCGCCAAAAAAAGAAAUCAUAAUUUAUGCUCCAAUGACAGAAUACCAACAAGAAUUAUAUAAAGCAACAUUGAAUAAGCAUAUGGAAAUAUUAUUAAAUAAAGAGGAUAAUAAUAUUACUAUUUAUGAACAAAAGCCCAAAAGAAAAUGUGUUGAAAAAAUUAUUAAAUACACACAAUUAAAUGCUAUAGUUAAAGAAGAACCAAUACAAGAAGAGGCGAAAAUUGCAGAUAUGGCAAUUUCAGUUAUUAUGCAAAAUCCUUUUAUGCAAUUAAAAAAAAUAGCUAAUCACCCUUAUCUUGUCCAUAUGCCUUUAAUUCCAGGAACAAAACAAGUUCUCAUUGAUGAAAACAUUGUUAAAGUUAGUGGUAAAUUUCAAGUUUUAGAUGCAAUGUUAUCAAAAUUAAAGUUACUUGGUCACAAGGUGUUGUUAUUUUCUACAAUGACUCAAAUAUUAGAUGUAAUUGAAGAAUUUAUAAUUUUACGUUCAUACAAGUUUACUAGGCUGGAUGGUUCUAUGAAUAUAGUUGAUAGAAUGACUGCAAUGACUAUGUUUAAUACUGAUCCAAAUUGUUUUUUAAUGUUGAUUUCAACUCGUGCUGGUGGACUGGGCUUAAAUUUAACAUCAGCAGAUACUGUUAUUAUAUUCGACAGUGACUGGAAUCCCCAAUGUGAUUUACAAGCUCAAGACAGGUGUCAUAGAAUGGGACAAAAUAAACCUGUUGUUGUAUACCGUUUGUGUUCGAAGAACACUGUUGAUGAAAAAAUAUUGGAUCGUGCUGGUGCAAAAAGAAAAUUAGAAAAAAUGAUAAUGGGCAAUGGUACAUUUAACAGAAAUACAAAAUUAAGUGUAGCUGGUAUUGAAGAAUUAAUGAAUUUAUUAGAAUCAUCUGAGUAUACAAAAAAAAUACAAUCAAAUGGAUUUAUUUUUACUGAUGAAGAAUUGGAUGCCCUUUUGGAUAGAUCUGAUAUGGUUGAAUCAGUACCAAAGAUUAAUAUUAGUAAACCUACAGAGCACUUUAAGGUUUUAUCUAAUUCCUAAAUGUUUGAUUUAUAAGCCAGCCAAAUUUAUUUCAUAAAG